GUGAAUGGCAUGUGCAUGUGUGUAGGUUCUCUCGUUGCCCGCUACUUUCGUAUUGCGUGUGCGUGGAUUUCUCGGGUUUUGCCCGGCCCCGUCGACGCAACUGAUAUGUUUUACGCUCUAGUAGAGUACGCUGUGGAUGAUGUUAAGGCAAUUUUACCGGUUUCACUGGUGAAGAAUUUCAACCCGAAUUCAUGUGACGACUUCGACGCCAGUGAAAAACUGGCCUAUUGGCGUUCCUCCGAUGGGAUGUUUGAAAAAUACUACAAGGCGAAAAUCUUGCUUCUCGGAGAGACACGGAGUGCGCUCAUUCGUAAAAUUUCAAAAACUGGUCGUGAGGUCCCAGACAUCAUAGAACCAGCAACUGCACAACAGAAUGACAGCGAGAAAAGCGCACCUAGUCAAAAAGCACAGAAAAAGAAUCGUGCGGCUGCACGUGAAAAGCAGAUGACGACAAUCAUACGGAAGAAACAAAGAAGAACGGAGGAACCAUCUGAGUACUCGGACUCCGACGACGAGCUCAUCCCAAAGGGUCUUUUGCGUCGCCAAAAGCGUGAAACAAAGCGCCUCCUUGCUGAAAACCAGACACUGAGGAAGAAAUUGGAUGAGGAGCGGGAACUGGCCGUAGAGUUACAGAAGGCCCUACUAAAGAAACACUUUUCCGCAACCUCAAGCACAUUCACUGACCACCUGGCAGAUGGCAAAGGGGCUCAAUGUGCUGUUCCCCUCGCAAGUGACCUUGAAGACUUCGUCACUGAGGAGCCUUCUACAGUGUCCCCGCCCAGUUCGAUGGAUGUGUCUAUCCAGUUCCAGAAGGAUACUGUGACUCCUACAGCCUCCCUACACCAAGCAGAAUCAAUCACACAUGUGACCACAGUGGAGAAUAUGAGCACAGAUGUGACCUGUAUGGACACACAGAGGUCACAAUUGCAAGCAGCAGCAACUCAGAGGUGA